CUCAACUCGCAAGUAUGUUCUCAGCCCCAGAAUAGGACCCGCAUUCGCGUCUCUGACACACGGAGGGCGGCUAAUGAUUCUCAUCGCUUGUCCACUGACCGCAUCCCUCGAGGCUUGCCCGAAUUUCAGCGGUUGUAUCCCGAGAUGCAUCGCUAUUGACAUUCGGGAUCAAUGGUUCUUACCUUUCAUAUGCAUACUCUACGCGCUACACGAACGCCAUUCGUCGGCAUCCGAGCUGAACACGGACAUCAGCUUCUUCCCGUCUUGCGGUCUCUCACUCGUCCUCUGCGCCUUCUUGCAUCACGACAUACCUUGUCGCAUCGAUGGUAUGCAUGAACCUCCAUCGCCGUCAGAGGCGCCCGUGAUCUGUGCAGGUUCUAGAAGCGUUGGGGCGUGCUUUCGGUGGCACGGGUUCACCUGCGAACUAUGUCCUUGGGAAUUUCCUUGUGUCCUAAAUGGGGUUCGGUGGCUCUCCGUGCGCAUCUGCAGACUGCCCCGUCAAUGAUAUUGGCGUCCUACCAAUGGUAUCGAGCCCCCGCCAUUGAUGGCUCGCCCAGCCCUCGAGGACCUCCGCAGAGCGUGGCGAAUGCCGUAGGUAUCGCGAGCGAUAUCUUCCCCGAGUGCGAUGGGCGUGCAGUACGGCGGUGCGAGUGCAUUCUGUAUGAUACUCUCAGACUCUGGAAACUCUGAUCUUGCAUGCGG